AUGGCUCACGCCUCGGACCGAUCGCACCGGAAAACAAAAGGGGCCCCGAACUACGACGACCCCGAGUUCUGGGAUGUGCGGUUUGCGACCGGUCGCGAUGUCGGCGAGUGGCUAAACGCCGGUGACGCCCUCGUUGAUGCCGUUCUGGCCGACUUGGAUCACCGGACGGGAUUCGAAGGCGGCGCACCGCGCGUGUUGCACCUGGGGCCCGGCGUCUCGAAACUGGGGCCUAAGCUGCGCGAUGCCUGUGUCGAGCUAGGGCUGCUGCGAAUAUUCGUAAUUGCGAAUAUUAUUCGUGCGAAUAUUCCAAAUCGGGAUUACGAAUAA